AUGGCUUCAAAUCCUUAUGUUAAAUCACUAAUUUGGUUAAUAUCAAUAGGCGGUCUUGGGUAUGGUCUCAUGCGUUUAACUGCACCUUCUGAGGAAAAGAUAGCAAAAAUUCGUGCAACUACCGCUGGUGUCCAUCUAACAGAAGACGAAAAAAAGAAAGUAUUAUUCCUUAAGAAAUUUCAAGAAGCAGCCUAUCAAAAAGAUCCUGUUUAUUUAAAGAAACCUGAAAACUAAAUCGAAAAUUCAGCUCAACAUGAACCACGAUUUAGAAGAC